UUCCAGUUGCACUGCGGAGCGGCAGAAGCGCUCACAUGUGGAAGAGGAAGUGGGUGAAGAGACAAAAGGCUGCAGCUUUAUCAAAAUAGUUCAGUCUUGCUGGAGCAGAUACGACAGAGCAACAAUGCAAUCAGUGAGUUCAUCACCGCGGUGAGUUAAAGAGUCUGUGGACAAUCGAGCUGUUGGGUUUCAGGUCAUGAUCAAACGCAAUGCAACUCUACACCUCUCUGUUCCUGCUGUGCAGCGUGAGCUCCACCCCGUGGUUUCUCUUUCCCUCAGGGCAGGGGAGGGCAGAGAUUGUGCGUGGGGGUGUGUCUCACUGUUUGCUGGGCUGCCUGCCUGGUAGCAUGUGAGUGCUGAGGGGGUGGAAAACAUUUGGAUCGAAACUGUGAGGCCCUGGGCUGGCGUUCAAAUCAUCUAGGAGUGGCUUUCCAGGCUCUUCGGUGUGAUCUAGCAACUGCCGCGUGACAAAAGCGGCUGAGCCAGUUAUUUUCAGAGAGCAGAAGAGAGUGGAAGUGAAGCCGUGGAGAAGGACCGGGGACAUGGCAGAUCCAGCGGCUGUAGCCCAACAGCAGCUGUGUGCUGUCUGCUCAGGUGUGCUGAGUGGAGACGAGCCGGCGGCCUGUGAUCACUCCGUUUGUGGCUCCUGCCUGGGGGACAGAAGUAAAGGAUGUCCCGAGUGUCCGCGGAGUCCUGACAAGCCCGAACCUGCCGACGGCCUCAAACAGAACGGAACAGAGGCUGAGGCUCCGGAGAUUAACAGCAAAGAGGAGCAAAAUCAGGACUCUAAGACAGCGGAGGAGGUCAAAAUCCAAGAGGACCUGAAGGAGACUGAGGACCUGAAGAAGCCGGAGGAGGAGAGGAAAGAAUCGGAACCACAGACGGAUGAAGAGGUGAAAAAUGGAGCCAAAGAGGAGGUAAAAGAAGGGGAGGUGGAGGAGGAACCUUUGGGCCCCGACGACGUGGUGUGUGACUCAUGUAUCGAGAGCCCCUGCAGGGCCCUCAAGUCCUGCCUCACCUGCCUGGUGUCGUACUGCGAGGCCCACCUCCGGCCUCACCUGGAGAACCCGAAGUUUCAGAACCACCGGCUGGUGGAGCCGCUCAGGGACAUCGAGAGGAGGACCUGCGAGAGCCACAAGUGGCCCCUGGAGAUUUUCUGCUGCGCCGAUGCCUGCUGCGUCUGCCAGGACUGUGUGACGGAGGACCACAGGGGCCACAACACCGUACCUGUGGUGGAGGCUCGCAGGCAGAUAGAGAGGGAACUGAGAGAGAAGCAGACUGAGAUGGUGAAGACGGUGACAGCAGCAGAGAACGCCAUCAACAAACUUCAACUAAACACAGUAUCCAUUGAGCAAUCGGUGACUGAGGUACGAGCGGUGAUCGAGAGCCAGUUUGAGGAGCUGCAAGCGUUGGUGGAGAGGGCCAAGAGGGAGGUCACGGAGAUCCUGGAGGGCGAGGAGAAGCAGGCGCUGAGGCAGGCCGAGGGCAUCCGGGUUCACCUGGAGCAGAGGUGCACGGAGCUGAAGAAGACUCAGGCGCAGAUGGAGAAGCUCUCCAGAAACAAGAAUGAUGUGGAUUUCUUACAGGAGUAUUCAGAGUGGAAGAAAGAAGCCACCGAUAUUACUCUGCCCGGGGUCUACAUCGGCCUGAUGGAUCGAAUGAAUUCCUUCAGCCGCGUGAUCGUCGACUCCACGCAGGAGCUCUGUGCCAUGCUCGUGUCUUCAUACAUAGAAAAGGUUAAAGAGACAUGCAAGAAUGACCAAAUGGGAAUAAAGACAACGGUUCAUGAAAUUGCUGCGGCGAAACAGAACAUGUCGAUACCAGACCCAGAGACACACGCUGACUUCCUCAAGUAUGCCGCCCAGGUGCAUUUCGACGCCGACACAGCUCACAGGUUCCUGCGUCUGACAGAAGAGAACAGGAAGGUGACCAACACCACACCCUGGCAGCAUCCUUAUCCCGAUGUGCCCGAGCGGUUUGAGAACUGGCGGCAAGUUCUGGCCACGGAGAGCUUCUACCUGGGCCGGCAGUACUUUGAGGUAGACAUCAGCGGCGAGGGCACACACAUCGGUCUGACCUACAAGAGCAUCGAUCGCAAAGGCAACGAGAGCAACAGCUGCAUCACGGGAAACAACUUCUCCUGGUGUCUUCAGUGGAACGGACGCACCUUCUCCGCCUGGCACAGCGGCGUUGAAACCCCUCUCAACGUGGCCAAGUUCACCCGUAUCGGGGUGUACGUGGACUACACGCGGGGCCUCCUGGCUUUCUACGGUGUGGAGGACACCAUGAUGCUCAUCCACGAGUACAAGGCAGACUUCCUGGAGCCUCUCUACCCGGCUUUCUGGUUGUCCAAGAAGGAGAAUAUCGUGGCCUUGGUGGCGCCCGGAGAACCACUGCGGCUCAAAAGCCCCUCUCCUCCUACCUCACCUGCAAGCGGAGCUGUCGUUUCAAAAACAGAAGAAUAGCAACAAUUGGCAGUCAAAGGACAAUUCAACAAUAUGAGAGUACCGCUGCAGUAAAUGUCAACAAUAGACUUAUUGUCUGAAAUAUAGUAGAAGAAAAACAUGCAAAUAUGGAGAGUCUUGCCUUAUUACAUUUGUUUACAGUAGAUUAUUUUGUUGCAAAAUUACUGUGAUAAACUGUGUCUGUUUAUCUCAAGUAUAUCUGGGCUCAAGUCAUAUUUAUACUCCUGUGUAUGUUUGGGACUACUGUUACUGUACUGUUACUGUACUGUUACUGUACUGUUACUGUACUGUUACUGUACUUUUCAUCACACUGUGAAUUCAGAAAAUGUCCUAUAUUUUCUGUGUGCAAAUAAAACUUUGUGUUUUC